UUCUUAAUUAUAUAUAGAGGGAAAACACGAGGACUCGGUAUUCAUACGGUUUUUCAGUGUAAUCCCACAAGGAAUUACUUAUUAUUACAUAUUAUCAACCACCGACCGUCAAUAUGAAAUUCCUCAUUGUUCUUGUUGCCGUUCUCGCCCUUUCCACAGCCGAAAAGGCCCCAGAAGAGCCCCAAGACGAGAAAAAACAAUCAAAACGUGGCCUGCUCGGUCUGGGAUACGGCUACGGUUAUUCCUCACCUCUCUACCACGAACCCCUCCACUACGCCGCACCCGCUCCAAUAAUCAAGAGCUACGCCGCUCCCGCAAUCAGCUACGCAGCUCCUGCCAUCUACAAGGCGCCCGCCAUCAGCUACUCAGCACCCAUCUACAAGGCUCCAGCAAUCAGUUACGCCGCUCCAGCUAUCAGCUACUCGGCUCCGGCACCUUACAUCAGCAAGGGAUACGUGGCUCCAGCUUUGAGCUACAGCGCUCCUUUAAUUUCGAAGAGUUACAUUGCUCCUGCUCCUCUGUACGCUAAGAGUUACUCUGCUCCUUUGUUAAGUUAUUCCGCUCCAAUUUAUUCGAAACCUAUCAUUUCGGCACCUUUGUCGUUGGGAUAUGGUGGAAAAUACUGGUAGAUUUUCGGUUAGUUAAAGUUAAAGCCUCUUUCUGUAUAUUUUGUAAUGUGAUAUAAGGAAAUACAACAUAAUUUUCAAUU